UUUGUUUUGGUUUGCAACGAAAUUUCUAAAAAUACUUAAUUUUUCAGGUUAAAAUUUUUUGUUUGGUAAACAGUUUGUGCGCAUUUGUAAAUUUAUAGUGAAAAUCCUCACAAUCAACAAGAGUGUUCCAUUAUAAGAGACGGGGAAAAAUGGCAUAUGGGCGUAGCGCCAGAAUGCGCAACGCCAAUACUGGUGUGGCACACGCCACUACCUCUAAGGUAAUGCCUCAUGGCGAAUUCAUUGAUCGCAUACGCAAGUCGCUUUACUUUGGUGGCGGCGCAUUGGUGGAGGAAAUGCAAGUGUCACGUCCACUUGCUGAAUAUGCAUCGGAACUAUUUUCUGCACCGCACAAGGGACACUCAUUGAAUCGUUUGAAUACAGUAGCGGCUGGUAGUGUACAUGCCUCUCCCUGUUCACUCAUUAUGGCAUUGAUAUAUUUAGAUCGGCUGAAUGUAACAGAUCCGGGCUAUGUACGACGCAUAACUCCACAGGAACUUUUUAUUGUAUCGAUGGUAUGUACAUAUGUAUGUAUAUAGUAGGUACGUAGUAGAUUCGCUUGUGCACAUAGAGAAGUAAUACAUACAUAUGUG